UUUUUUUUUCUUUCUUUAUGUUUUCUCCACUCUUUCAUUCAAUGACAGCGUGCAUCGGAAUGGAGGGCAAAGCUGUGAAAGCUAUUUUCUUUGAUCUUGAUAACACACUCAUUGAUACGAGUGGAGCUGGUAUAGUGGCAAUUCAAAAGACCAGCGAACUGUUGAAGACCACACUGGGCCUCGAUGAGACCACCAUCCGCAGCAUUUGUGACAAAUUCAAGCAGAAGCUUUUACAUGAGUGUUUUGACUCCUCAUCCGGCCUAUCAGUGGAUGAAGUCCGUGUGCGUCACUGGGAGGAAAGUAUCAUGGAGACUGUUGGCAGUUGCUCCACACCCUCUUUGGCAGAUCAGUGCUAUUACAUGUGGAAGAAUAGUCGACUGGAUGUACUCUGCCUGUCUCCUGAAGUACGCACCCUCCUGAAACAACUGCGCAGCAGAUACAAGCUGCUGCUGCUGACCAAUGGGGAAACUCGGACUCAGAGGGAGAAAGUGGAGGCAGUCCAAUGUGAGGAGUUCUUUGAUGCCAUUGUAAUUGGAGGAGAUCAUGCAGAGCAAAAACCAUGCCUCUCCAUUUUCACGUUUUGCUUCAACUUGCUAGAGGUGGAACCACAGGACUGUGUUAUGGUGGGAGACUCUCUGGACACAGAUAUCCAAGGGGGCUUUAAUGCCGGGGUGCAAGCCACAGUGUGGAUUAAAAAUGCACACAGUGCUGUGUUAGAUGGUUCAGUGCAACCAGACUAUACUAUCCCUACUGUGCUGGACCUGCCAACUGUUUUAGCACAGCUUUCAUGAAGACAGCUGGGUAAAGGGAAAAGGUGUCUCAUUUUAAAUAAUUUUAGUCAUUUUAAAUUUAUGAAGAUUUAAAAUUGACUUAAAAUUUACAAAUUUCCUUAAAAUCUUUUUGAUUUCAAUAGAAAUAUUGUGAAUUUCACAGCUUAAUUAUGAAACUUAAGGCAUAAAUGAUUAUACAUUAAGUUUUUGAAACUACGGUUAUAACAGGGAUAUCUUUUUUAUUCUGUUAUUUUAAUCAGGGCUAUGUGAAGUACUUAUUAACAGCGACGGAGGUCAGAACGCCCUCAGAAUAAAAAUCAGGGAUGAAUUCUGAUGAAGGAACCAGCUGCAACUCAUGAGGCUGAAUAAGAAAUUUUCAUGUCCACCUAAAAAUAUCAGCAGUUUUUGCAAACAUGAACACAAACACUGCAUCAGGUUGGACCAGAUUGUUUUUUUUCUGUGUUGCUCCACAUCAUUGCAUACAUCUUUGAUUAGCUGUAACUAAAAUUCCACUUGUCAAUCACAAAAUACAAGAGUAAAAAAUAAAUGAAAAGCACAAAAACUUGCCAUCUUUUUUACUUCAUCACAAUUGGGAAACUCAGCUCUGCAUUUUACCCAUCUCUAGAGAGCCCACUGUUCCCUAGUAAAUUCAAUUUAAUAUUGAUUUUUAAGUCUU